CCAGGCAUCUACGUUACAGAAUUGAUUAUUUUAAACCAACUCUUACAAUCAUCGCCACUCAUUUCAGCCAUUGUGAAAGAAAUUUAAAAUCUGUUCAAUAUGUCAACGAGAGGCUCAUGGAUAACUCUGAAAUUCAGAAGUGUUCUUGAUGUAAUUUAUGCCACCAAAUUUCAAUUAAGCUAUAGUGGCCUACGGAGAAACAGACCAAUUGUGUCAGCAGCUAGGAUUGAAAGUGGUUAUUGGAUGCACUCUGGUCUACAAUUCUUUAGCACCAAUAACAACACAAACACUAAUGCAAAAGGAGUAAAGAAUGUCACAGUUCAACCUCAAGCUCCCGCUUCUACAAUCUUCACCUUCCCUCAUUGGCUAAGAUGGGUUUUGGGCACGGUACUUUCUUUCUUGCUACCUUUCUGGAAACAUAAUUGGGAAAAACUACAAAGAAUAGAAGGAGAGGUAGAGGUUGUGGCUGAAGAGGUGGAAAAGGUGGCAAAAGUGGUAGAAAAGGUGGCAACAGUAGCAGAGAAGGUAUCUGAAGACAUGGCAGAGAUUCUUCCUGAGAAUGGUAAGCUAAAGAAAGCAGCUUUGGUGGUAGAACGUGCAUCAGAACAAGUUGUUCAUGAUGCUCAAUUAACAGAAGAGUUUAUACACAUGGUUGAGGAACUCAAGAAUGACCUGGAUGAUUUGGAAACUUUUGCUGAACCCGUAAUUGACAAGAUUGUGAAGAAAGUACCCGCGAAUAAUUGAUGCCAAU